UGCACAACUUCAAUAUGCCAUCCAAGAGAAGGAACCCGACGUCCCCGAACCCCAAGAAGAAGAAGACUCCUGCUCCUGUUGCUGGUUUCCGCGGUCGUGGUCGUGGUCGUGGAGGCAGAGGGAAAGAGCUGCCCAGCCUGGACCCUGCUGCUGUCGUCGAUGAUGCUGUCGUCGAAGAUGCUGUCGAUGAUGCUACACGUUAUCCAUCCUCAUCCCAUCAGGGCUCCCCUACUCACUCACGCUCUGGGUCAUUAGACAGUCAUGCAUCGCUGGCAUCGCAGGCAUCGACUGUGGCCAACAGCAAGAAGAAGGACAAGAAGGGCCACAAGCUCUCCGAUGAGGAGGAGGAGUUGAUGGUCGCCUUCUUGGAGGCAAAUGAAAUGCUGUGGAACAAGAAGGCGACGCACUACAGAAGACCUGACAUGAAGAACGCUGCAUGGCAGAAGCAGGCAGAAACCAUGUCAAAGGAAGUCUCUCACCUGCAAGGGUGGUUUAAGGGCAUGAGAGACAACUUUGCGCGCCUGGACAAGCUGCCCAAGUCCGGGUCCGGGCAACGGAUCUUUACAGAGAGAGAGCUAUGGACCCUGAAGGAGUUGCACUUCCUCAAAAGAAUCACCUACCACAGACCAGAGCCAGUUAGCAGUGUGAAGGAUGCGAUCCAAGCACACAGUGGUGAUCUCUCGGCUGCUGAGGCUGAGUGCGCCAGGAUUGGCGUAGAGGCGGACGCAGAGGAGGAAGAGCCUCAGCAAGCCUCAGCAGUCAGCGGAAGGGGCAAGGGAAAAGGUAAGCUGUUGGAGGACGCUGUCAUGGCCACCUUGCAAAAGCAGCUGCAGGAAACUGGCCAGCAGGUGCUCCAGUUGCAGCAGAAGAUGCAGCCCCAGUCUCCGGCGGAGGUCUUCGGGACUUACGUCAAGGGGACACUGGUGAACUUGUCAGAACGGAAGUUCAAGAAGGCGCGCACGAACAUCAGCCGGAUUCUGGAAGCUGCCAUGGAGGAUAGCGAUGAGGAAGAGCCUCCACAAGUCGCGCCGCCAUCCUUCUGGCAAGGAGGACACCCCCGGUCCAGCUCUGCACCCAACUUCUCGUCCUCUCCCAAGUACGUCGAGCGGUGGCAGCCAGCCCAGGACUGCGGCUACAUGGAGAGAUACCAAUCCAGCAUGGCCAACCAGAUGCCGCCUCCUCUUCCGGGUCCACCAGUUCCCCCAGCAGCAACAGCAAUGUCUCUGCCUCACAUCUCUGGCAUCUCUGGCAUAUCUUCGCUGUUGGAGACAUCUCGGGACUCGUGA